UAAGAAUGGUUACAUCAAUUGGGCAUGUAGGGUUAGAUAUCAAGGCGUGUUUGCUUUCCUAGCAUAAAUCAACAGUUAAGCGAAACAAAGUCCACUUAUCUUUGCAUGUAAUUAAUAAUGCCCAACUGAUCAACCAUUGGGUUUGAUUUAAAUGGUAAAACAAAGAGAUGCGUUUUAUAUCAUACAGACUUUUCAGUAGCGGUGACAAGAGAUAUAUUUGUGUUCAGUCAUCUACCUUGGACCAUUGUAGUUUCUUAUGCAUGAAGAAGAAGAAUCUGGAUCAGAUUACCUCUUAAUGAAUAACUUUGUCAUUUGAUUGGGGGGACACCUCAUGUGAUGACCUGGGGACUUUUCACGUUACACCUGCCAAGAAUGUUAGCAAUGCUAUGAGAUCUGUCUCUUGAACACCGUGUGAUCAAUUCACCUAACCUGAAAAGGUCACAGACUCACACUGGACAGAAACCUGUGUAGGCCAUUCCUCCACUCUAGCAUCUGCCUGGGCCAGGGUGAACUUUCUGAGCCACAGACUGUACCAUGAAAAGUGCUGUUGCAGAGUCCAUAGGUUAUCUUGCCCUUAUGGCUUUUCUUCUAGAACAGGUUAAAAGUGAUUCUCGAAUGCCACCUACAUACUGCAGACCAGAUCUUGGCUCCAUGAAAGUAUUGACAGUUUAGGUUCUAUUUACGUCUCUGGAUAACUCCCAUCAUCAGUCAGUGUUAGAAUGUGUAGCAGGGUAUAGAACACACAUCCAAGUGUCUGUAAUAGAGUCGAUCUCACUCUAUUCUGUGAAUGAUUGCUGGGUAACUCUUCAGUAUGGUAAGAUUAAGACUUAGUUCUUUGGCCUUUAUAGACAAGAGAGUCCAUAAAUAAUUGUAGUAGGCUGGUAAGUGCUAGUAUAUACACUAAAAACAGAAAAGUGUAUGGAUAGAAGAUGACAGAUUGCCUUGUUAGGGGAAUCUGGGAUGUCUUUGCUAAGUUAAUAGCACGAUACAGCUCUUUUCAAAAAAGAUUAAGAUAAGAAUAAACUGAGGAGAAAAUACUGAUAAGAUAGCUUGGCAGUUUUUAACUUGAGAUUUAAAGAUGUCUGUAGAUGUAAUAACCUCAUUUGGAUUAUUGUCAAGGAGACAGAUACCCAGGGACCCUUGUCCCACCUUGCCCUCCCCUGGCAUAGGCUAACCUCUUCUGUGUGCAUCAGUGUCUGUGUACUUACUAAGUGUAUUGGAGACACAGACAGUGUCUUCCAGUGUGUCGCAGGCACGCAGCUGCUCUCUCCCUUCAGGUCUCUGGGCAUCUCUCUUUCCUGGAUGGAUAAGAGGGUUGUAGUUUGAUUUUUGCUGUGGGACUUAUUGCUGGGAAAAUUUAGAUCCUGGUCUAUUCUUUGUGUGCUCACAUGUACAUGUACGUACAUGCAUGUGUGUGCAUAGCAAGCCAGAUGUCAAUGCUGGGUGUCAUUCCUCAGGAGCUGUCCUUCUUAGUUUUUGAGACAGGGUUCCUAACUGAGAUCUGGGACUCUUCUUUUACGUGGUUUCUGGAUAUCAGACUCAGGAGCACAUGAAGGCCUGGCAGACAUUUCGCCACCGCCACCUCUCCGGGCCCCUGAGCUGUGCUUUCUUUUUCUUUUCCAGUCUUUUCUUCCCUCCCUCGCUCUCUCCCUCCCUGCCUCCCCACCACCCUCCUUCCCUCUGUCUCUCUUUCCUUAUUUAUCUUUUUGUUUUGGAGACAGGGUCUCCCUGUAGUAGGGUCUCCCUGUAGCCCAGGUUACCUGGAACUCCCUAGGUAGACUCACUGAAAUCCUCCUGCUUCUGCCUCCUGAGUUCUGGGAUUAAAAGCGUGCGCCACCACCUGGCUUUUUUUGUAGCAUGUGGAAUACUAGCCUAGUGUCUGAUUUGUUUUAGAAACUGUUUUCCUUUUUAAAAGCACAGUAGGUAUUGCGUGUGGGAAAUGGUAAGCAGACGCACCUGUAAUGGGGUUAAAGUGUCCAGUGAGCAGGCCUUAGGUGUGAGGUAGUCUCGCUGUUCCCUGGCUGUCUAUUCCUUUAUACAUCUCAGUGUCCUCAUUGCUAGCACUAGGAUGCCACUGUCUGUCCUUUUUCAGUAUAUGAUGGGUCAAGCCCACGGUGUAUGCCCGGACAGGUCGAGAUUGAGUACUCAGUAAUUAUGGCUUCUAAAGGAAGAUACCAGCCUUGGCUCUGUUGAGGGUUUUUGAACUGUCCAUGUGUGUGCAUAAGAAGUUAGGAAAGGUGUCAGACCCCUGCAGCUGCAGUUACAGUGAGUCAUCCAUCUGGUGGGCGGGCGCUGGGAACUGAACGCAGGUCCUCUGCAGGAGCAGUCAGUGCUAACCACAGGACCACCUGUCAUCUCUCCAUCCAGAAGAACAAGAGGGUGAAGCAAAGAAUGGAAACAAGGAAAGGCUUGCUCUGGUCAUGGAAAGUUGUCUUCGAGUCCUAGCAGUAACCUGACUUCCUGCCCUGUUCCAUCUUUUUCUUUGUAUGAUAUUUCGAGAAACAAUUUGAACUGUCAGAACAGACACAACUACCAAUGUUUCUUCAUUGUCGAAACUCACAUGCUGAGUUUCUGGACAUAAUGAGAAGAAAUAGAGACCGGUGUGUGGGUGGCGUGGUGCAUUCAUUUGAUGGCACAAAGGAGGCAGCGGCCGCUUUGAUUGACUUGGACCUUUACAUAGGCUUUAACGGUUGCUCACUGAAAACGGAAGCUAACUUGGAAGUUCUGAAGUCGAUACCUAGUGAAAAACUAAUGAUUGAAACAGAUGCGCCUUGGUGUGGAGUUAAAAGUACACAUGCUGGAUCAAAAUACAUAAAAACUGCAUUUCCUACCAAAAAGAAAUGGGAAAACGGGUACUGUUUAAAAGACAGAAACGAGCCUUGCCAUAUAAUUCAAAUAUUGGAGAUAAUGGCGGCCGUAAGAGAAGAAGAUCCACUGGAACUAGCCAACACACUAUAUAACAACACCAUUAAAAUCUUUUUUUCCUGAUA